AUGCCCAUCUACAUCUCCUCAACCUCCUACGCCAACCACUUCAACUGCUGCAAAUGCGCGGGCCCGGGUUCCCCCGGCUGGCGCCCCAAAGGCGCACAGUGCGUUGUCUGCACGCAUAUCGAGUGUGGGAAAUGCGGGCAGUGGACCGCUGGGGCUGCUGAGGAUAUCACAGAGGGCGGAGAGGAUGGUGAGCAGUGGGAGGGUAUGCACGAUGAUGACAUGGAGGGUGAGUGGAUGGAGGAUACUGAGGGUGGGGAUUGGAAUGGUGGUGCAGAGGCGGAUUGGCGAAAUGGUCCGCCUGUGUUUUUUAGUAAAUGGGGGGAAUUUGUAGGUCUCAUACUCCUCUCAACCUCUCUACGCUUCCGCAUCCUCCACCUCCUCAACCCCGACACUCAAAUACCCCCCGCACCCUCCGCACCCCCGAUGCCCACACCUCGCACACUCCUCCCCCUCCGCAAAGAAGCAGUCCCAACUCCGCCCAUGCACCCCCCUCACCCUCCUGCACCGGCAGCAGUUGCACCACUUCCUCUGCUCCCCUUCUCCUCCUUCCUCCCUCCCCUCUCCCUCUCCCUCUCCCUCCCCUUCCCCUCUCCCUUUUCGCACACUCCCUACAAACCCACCCGCACAAAUCCCCGCCCAGCCGGUCUUGGCGGCCGCGGCCGCGGCUUCGGCAACGGCGCCUCCCUGUCCACGGUCCCCUGGCGCGGUCCUGGCGGCGGAAUCGUGGGCGGCGGCGGCGGGUUGGGUUUCGGCUCUUCCUUGGCCUGGGGAGCGUGCCGCUGGGGUCUUGGUGGCGGGAUCGUGGGUGGUGGAGGCGGGUUGGGGUGUGGUUCUUCCCUGUCCUGCGGGCUGUGUCGCUGGGGUCUUGGCGGCGGAAUCGUCGGCGGCGGCGGCGGGUUGGGGUGCGGUUCCUCCUUGUCGAGGGGGGCUGGCUUGUGCGCGGUAUCGAGCGUAGGAGGAAGAGGUGAGUGGGGGAGGCUGGUUUCGCGGAGGGGGCGCUUGGUCGGGUCUUUCGACGUCAGGGGGCGGGAUUGCGCGGGCAUUUUGGGGGCGGUGGGAGGGGGAGGAGCCCAUGCUUGCUUUGACAGGGAGGUUUUAUAUUGGUGGGGAUGGGAGUUGGAGUUGGUGGGUGGUGGUGGUGUGGGUGGUGGUGGUAUCUGGAAUGGUUCGGAGUGCACGCGGAGGCGCUGGAACAGUUGCAAAAGAGCUGGCUCAUUGUGGUGGAUCGCAUUUGUUUGGGGUUGUACGUGCGUUGGCGAUGUUUAUGGGAGGCUGAGACACGUCAGUGGUUCAAACACUUUGGAAAAGGAAACGGCUCAAAGGCGCAAUCUGUGCGGUCGUGGAGGUGUCCUGAUGAAGGGCGCUCGUGGAUUGGGUGGUCGUCACGAAGUCACGUGAUAGGGUCCAAUAUCUAGUCUCCGGCUUUUGACAUUGCUACUGGACUAAUAAUGAUAGGUCGAAACCUGGCAGAUGAUGGCAUCUGGGUAGCAAAUGAGUAGCGGUGCUUGAUUGAUCUGAGGGGUGGAAGUAAUGAGGUCUGAAAUAGGGGCG